CCGGGCGGCUUACGAGUACACGGAGGCGGAGGACAAGAGCAUGCGGCUGGGUUUCCUCCUUAUCGCCGCCGGCUUGCUUUCCCUGCUGGGUUUGGGUUGUUGCUGGCUUCGCCCGGCGCUGCAGGAGCGGGGGGGCGGCGGCUCCGCCAACUGCACGGUGCUGGCGGUGCGGCAGCUGGGGGAGCGCUUCGCCUGCACCUUCUCCUGCGGGGCCGCCUGCCGCGGCACCGCCCGCUACCCCUGUCUCCAGGUCCUGGUCCGCACCUCCCGCUCCUCCGCCCCUGCCCUGCUCCAUGAGGACGAGCGGCAGCUCCGCACCAACCCCAAGUGUUCAUACAUCCCCCCCUGCGCAAGAGAUGAUCAGGAGAACUCUGAGAACGUCACAUACAAGCAGAAAUACUGGAAAGAGAAAGUGGGUUCACAACCAUUUACAUGCUAUUUUAACCAACACUUGAGGCCAGAUGAUGUGAUGCUGAAGCGCACCCAUGAUGAGACUGUCCUCUUGCACUGCUUCCUUUGGCCUCUGGUUACAUUCCUGGUCGGAGUCCUCAUUGUGGUCCUGACCAUCUGUGCCAAGAGCUUGGCUGUCAGGGCAGAGGCAAUUAAAAAGAAGAAGCAUUUGUAAACAGCAAGGCUGCUGAUGGAAAAGAAAAAGCUGCAAGAAGGUCUCAAGUGGGGCAACUUGAUACACCUGCAGGUCUGCAGGGCACCCAGCUGCGCCUCCUUCCAGUGUCUCAUCUGACAGUGGAGCUGCUCUUGCCUCAGGAUCCUUCUUGGGAGACUGCCCCAUGAAAUGUCAGCUAAUUGCUGCUUCUGCUAUGACAGUAAAUAAGUAUAUUCAACCAAAAAAAAUCUACACUGCACCAAAUAUGCUGUGCACUGUUAGUCCUGAACAGCAGCUACGCAGGUCCUAGCAGUAUCAAGAGACAGUUUAUAAAAACCCCUGAUGAUGCUCAUUUCAUCUCUACAAAGUGAUCUUUACUAUUGUUUAAUAUUCAAUAUUUAAAAUAUUUACUUUAUGACAGACUGUAUUUCCAAAUUAAUAAAGUUUGGUUGCUUUGAGUUUUUU